AUGUCGAAGCUGGUGCCUAUUGCCAGUCCCGGGCUCCAAAUGAGCUUCGACGACGAAAUGGUGCGUGAGAAAGAGCACGUACGGUCUAUGGACGACGUCGACGUCAAAGAUGGAUACGUUACCGGUCACGAGGUGAUCUCGAAUGGCCACGUCGGUAACGAGAAGCCCCUGCCGCUGCAGGCUUACAUUCACUACGCCGAGAUCCAACGUGAAUACGAACAGGCCAAUGAUUUGGAUGCGUUGUACGCCGCUCAGAAAGAGCAGAUGAUCACAGACCCCAAUAGUAACGUGUCGGAUUCGAAGCUGGACACGCACCGCGCGCUUCGCAUAGCGAAGGCCUACUCGGUUUUCUUCUUGAUCACAACAGAUAUCUUGGGUCCAACCAACGCCCCUUACGCGGUCGCUCAGAUGGGCUGGGCGCCUGGGGUGAUCCUGUACGUUCUUUUCGGUGUUUUCGCUGCCUUUGGCGGUUGGCUGCUUAACCGUUGUUUCUGCAAAGUCGACUCGAACAACUAUCCAAUCCGCACAUUCUCUGACCUGGCUGGCCGUAUGGUGGCUCCUUGGUUCAAAUACCCAUUUGCGAUUCUGCAAUUUAUCCAAAUGAUUCUAAACUGUGGUGUCCUUCUGCUUGGUACCGCUCAGGCCGUCUCGCAAAUGCAGAUCGUCACUAAGGGCAAGGAUGGUCUCUGUUUUACGGUCGACAUUCUAGUGUGGGCUCUAGCGUGCAUGAUUAUCGGUCAGAUUAAGUCUCUUGGAAAAUUCGCACACAUCGCUAACUCGGCUAUUUGGAUGAACAUUGCUAUCUGUAUCAUCACCAUGGUAGGUGUCGCCGUGGGAGGUCCUUACUACGGCAUUUUCGAGCAGUACGGACAGGGACCUCCAUAUUUCGAGCCAAACUCGUUCAAUCCUCUGCCAAUUGCGCACUACGCUGUCUCGCCUGGUACUAUCAGCGACCGUAUCAGCGGUAUGAACAACAUGGUCUUCGCUUGGGGUGGUGCUACUAUCUUUUGCGAAGUGAUGGCCGAGAUGAGGAGGCCAAUGGACUUCUGGAAGGGUAUGAUCUGCGCGCAGUUGCUCAUCAUGAUUGUCUAUCUUUUCUACGGACUUUUCGUGUACGGGUACAACGGCCAAUUCAGCUACGUCACUGCCAACCAAGGUAUUGGUUCCAUUGGUUUGCAGAACGCUGGUAAUGUGUUAAAUAUCAUUACUCAAAUCAUUGCAGCGGUUCUUUACGGUAAUGUUGGUAUCAAGGUAUUCUACCAAGGUUUCUUAGUACCUCAUUUCAGAUUCCCACAACUAACCUCCCGCAAAGGUACAUUCGCUUGGGGCGGUUUCGUGGUUGUCUACUGGGCUGUCGCCUACAUCAUUGGUACUGCUAUCCCAUCUGUUAGUGCCUUGGUGUCGAUCAUCGGUGCUUUCUGCAUUUUCAACUUUUCGUACACUUUCCCAUUCCUCUUCACCUUCUGUCUCUUAUGUCGUACAGAUGCCGGAUUGGGGGAUCGCUUCGAUCUUUCGACCUUAACGGUCGAGAAGGGUGACUCAUACUGGCGUAACUGGUCUCGCUGGAAGCGUGCCUUUGGCCAUGGCGGAUACAAGCGUAGUUUGAUGAAGCUUUCGCUGAUGUUGUUUUGCCUUGCCUCGCUCGCAACGUGUGGUCUAUGUUCAUAUUCCGCUAUUGAGGGUGCCAUUGCGGCGUACGCCACUAAUUUCGCACAACCUUUCACUUGUGCCUCUCCUGUCGCCUAA